GGCGCUCUCGACAAAUCGCUCUCAAUCAAUUUCAUCAGCUCGAACGAAGGCUUCAACGGAAAGAGGGUUUGAUGGAACGUUAUGCAAAAGGUAUGCACGAAUAUUUUGAAUUAAAUCAGAUUCUUCCAUCCACUACCACAGAAGAACACCAUUGCACAUUCAACGAAGUCAAUCAGUUCACGGUUAGUGCAUGCGUUUUGGCCCAUCACCACGUUUUGAAGGAAGACAGUUUAACAACCAAACUGAGAAUCGUGAUGGAUGCUUCGGCAAAAACAUCGAACGGAAAGUCUCUGAAUGACAUUCUGUGCGUCGGACCAGCGCUACAAAAUGAAUUACCAUCCGUAAUUCUGAAUUGGAGGUUGAACAAGUUCGUAUUCACGUGCGAUAUACAGAAGAUGUAUAGAUGCAUCGACAUGCAUCCCGACGACAUCGCAUAUCAAAAAAUAUUGUGGCGAGACGAAAGGAGUGAGAUCCGAGAGUAUUGUCUUACCACCGUCACAUUUGGCACAGCGCCAGCCCCAUGUAUCGCCAUCAGUGUGAUUCAUCUCAUCGCUGAAAAUGAGAAAGCGCGAUAUCCGUUAGCCGAGAAUGUGCUAAAAAAUGAAAUGUAUGUUGACGACAUACAAACCGGCAGUCAUUCAAUUGAAAAUGCAAUCGCCAUCCGUGAUCAUGUCACAGGUGCACUUGCGUCAGCAAUGGAGUUGAGAAAAUGGGCAAGCAACACGCCAGAAUUGCUCGAAUCAAUUCCAAAGGAACAUCAGUGCAGUAGCACGCUCUUGGAUAUGGAUAGCAACGAAACGGUCAAGACAUUGGGAAUGUGUUGGAAGCCGAGCGACGACGUUUUUAAAUUCACCAUUAAAUUCGAUUUACCAACGAAUAUCACCAAACGUUCGGUAUUGUCCACCACCGCACGUCUUUUUGAUCCAAUGGGAUUCAUUGCACCGAUGAUCGUCGUAGCAAAAAUGAUUCUCAAACGAAUUUGGAAUUUUCGUCACAAAACAUCAGCCGAUGAAAACGACGAGAGAUCAAAAUUGAGCUGGGAUGAACCAGUUCCUGAGCCGCUCUGUUCACAGUGGCGACAAUUCAUCAGCGAAUUACCAUCGAUUAAUAAAAUCUCCAUCCCGCGUUGGAUAAGUUAUUCACCGAAUCAAUUAAUUCAGUUGCAUGUAUUUUGUGAUGGAUCAUCGAGCGCUUAUGCAGCGAAUGUUUAUAUUCGUCUUCAAGCCGAAGGCGAACGG